UCACCGGAGGCGUUGCACAGGGCUCCGGCCUGCCUUCGAAGGUGAGACCUCUGGGGCUGACAGGACCACGACAGCGCCGGCGCUUAGUUAUUAUUAGAUUAGUGCCUCUAAGUCUUUUUAAAUGAACAAAUUAGCCUAAAUGAGUCUCAACAUGAAUAUAGUCGUACUACUAGUCUUUACUCAAUAUGGUUCUAUCUUCUUCAUGACCUUCUUUUCGUCUCGCCAGCAGUUUCGAGCCCGCACAUCUUGCACUUAAGCAGUCAAUAGUUUUAAAAACAGUUUUGAUUAACUAGCUGGUAGUUAGAAGGGAUCAGCAUUUCCCAUUCGGGCUAGUAUGGGAGUCGACCUCGAAGUCGGCUGCCAUGUUGUCUCUACUCAAAAAAAAAAAACGGUGGUCGCGCAUGACCAUAGCAGGGGCACACACAUGACACGAGAGUUUUGAUUGACCUGACUUUUUUGGAGUAAGUGAGAUUCACAGCUCUUCAAGAUUAAUUUACAAAGAACCGCAGACGAAGCAGACCCUGACACUGACAAGGCAGCUCCCGCUGUCAUCAAACUGUUUUGAUUAAGAAACGAACAUUUACAAAGAAACCAUUGCCUUUGCUUUUGUUGGCUUUAUUGACUUCGAAAACUAUAUUUACCUGAAAAUAAAAGUCGUUAUUGACAACUAAGAAAACGUUUACCUGAUUGUAAAAGUCGGUUAUGAAGAAACGAUGUCAAGAUUCUCCGCACUUUCCAAAUGGGAAUGUGAUGCCCGCACAGGAAAGGAAGCCUAGGAGAGCGUCGAGACAUACCUGGGAGAGAGUGAGCCGUCUACUUUUGCAAGUAAAGAACUCUUCCUGUUUGGUGAGCAAUCAACUUUUUUUUUUGAACUCUUAUUGAUCAAAUCCAUCCAACACCAACACCAACUUUUGCGGCUUCGUUUUUCGAUCAAAUCAAAUCAAACGCUUAUCUGAACAACGAACUGAUAUUUGAUUAUACAUAAGUAGUUGUUUAUGAAGUUUUCUAUUUUUACGAAUAGAAGCCGGAACCCCGAGUGUAUCGCUGCUGUGUACUAGCCACGAGGAGGGUGCAAAGGAAAUGUUAAGAGUGGAGGUGAUGAAUAUUUUCAUAACCACCUAUAAUCGCACCGGUCUCCUAUCAGCUUCCUUCUUGCUUCUAUCGUACUCUAUCUUACUCCUUCUUGCUUCUACCAUACUCCAUCUUACUCCUUCUUGCUUCUAUCAUACUCCAUCUUACAUGUUUACUUAAUUUUGAUCGCCUCCAUAACUAUAUAUCACGACUCCUCGUAGCUAUCUACUCUUACAGUUUUUGCAUGAUCCUCUACGUCUACUCCGCUUUUCUUCAUCUUCUAAUCAUUUGGGUCGGUGCAGCGCUUCGUGCGUGGCGGACACCAGCGCCACGCUUAG